UUCGCCAAAGACGAAAGGACUUUGCUCUCAAACUUGCACGUUUCGUGACUUCUCUCUCUCUCUCUCCUCUCUCUCUCUCUCUCUCUCUCUCUCUCUCUCUCUCUCUCUCUCUCUCUCUCUGUGUCUGUCUGCCCGGCCCCGCUCUUUUCCGCUCUCUCACGCCCUCGCUCUCCAAAUAGCUGCAGGGAAGGGCCGGUUUGGUAGGCGACACGCGGCGGGUCAUCCUGCGGGUGCUUGGUCCACUUUGCCUGAGUGGGGGGCACUCAGGCUUAUCUGAAUGGCAUUUUCACCUUCCCAAGCUGCCGUGUAUGCCUUAUGCGAUCGGGUAAGAGGUCAACCGCUAUCCGUUGACUGUAGACACACAACACAAAUGACAGGACUAAAUCCACGGGCGACAUCUCUGCAUAUGAUGGAGAAUUACACUCAUACAUGGGUUGGAACAAGCACAGAGUACUCGUCAAGUUCAGAAGCGCAGCUGACAAACAAUGCAGGGCGCAAGGCUGGUCCGGGAGACUCCCGAUCUCGAAACAGAAACCGAAAAACAGAGCGUUAUGGUUGCCGAGGAUUUAUUCACAUGCAGUUCAUUAGUCGUGCGAUUAUGCGAAGGUUUCGCCGGAAAUCCUUACCAGCUCAGGCUGCAGGAGUCAGAGCCACAACCACAGUGGACUCCUGGAGACCGCAAGCGAGUGCGGGCAACAAGGAGAGUGACGUGACAGAGGGGUACUUGACAGCUUCAGAAAAUGUUCCCGCAUGGCCCAAAUUGUCCUUUGGUGCAAUGAUGGAUCAAGGGCCAAGAUUGGAGAUGGAGGAUGAGAUCUGUGUUGUGGAUGAUGUGCCACGUGGCUUCCUCUAUGCUGGGGUCUUUGAUGGCCACUGUGGUGGUGCUGCUGCGAAAUUCCUAAGGGAUGAACUGUAUCCAGUGUGCAGAGGAGCGAUGGAAGAGACAUACUCGUGGGAUAGCGAGGAUCUUGCAACUAAAGAGUUGACAAAUGCGUUUCUUCAGACAGAUACGCGACUCCUUGAUUGGUUGGAUGCACAUCCGGAAGAAUCGGAGCAACAAUCGGGCUCAACUGCCACGGUGAUCUUUGUGCGAAUGGAUCGCAUUCUGGUGGCGCAUGUUGGCGACAGCCGAGUGGUGCUGAGUCGAGGGGGCAAUCCUGUGGACUUAUGUGGCGAUCAUCGGCCAUUUGGUUCGAGUCCUACUGCGAUUGCCGAAAUCAAGCGGAUCACAGCAGCCGGGGGCUGGGUGAGUCAUGGAAGACUCUGUGGAUCUUUGGCAGUUUCGCGAGCUUUUGGAGAUUCUCCUUACAAGCGGCACCGGAUGCGAAUGCUUGAAGAGGGCUUAAGACAUGGGCGAUGGACGAAGAAGUUUGUGACCAGGUUGAACAUGAGAGGCGAAUGGCUGACAGCAGAGCCGGAGAUUUCGUACAUUGAUCUGAGUGAGGAUGAUGAAUUUGUUAUUUUGGCAUCGGACGGCCUUUGGGAUGUAGUCAAAAGUGCGGAAGCAGUCCGGUUUGUGAGGAAAGGUCUAUUGGCGCAUGGAAACGUGCAGAAAGUGACAGAGCAGCUUCUGUUCUAUGCAGUCCAGGAUCGAAAUGGUCACGAUAACAUCAGCAUUGUCAUCAUUGAUCUCGGGAAGCUUGGCAAGAAGAAAUACACAAUGGGACGGACCACCAACCAUCCGGUCAAUGGUGCCACGUAAAUAAUUUAAGUGCCAAUUUGCGAGACACAUUCUUUUCCUAUCCAUGAUGGUUUCUUCUGAAGAAAGGAAGAAGGAAACAACGAAGGGAAUCAGGCCAAGAAUGACCCUUUGCACAACUUGGAAGUUGUUCAAAUGUUCAUAUUGAUGACAAGAGGAGGAAGGCAGGCACCACACAGGACUGGACGAGGUGAGAUGUGGUGACGACCCGCAAAAUUGACAGUUAAGACCUGAUUAGUACAUACAUACAUACAGUGGCAACGAGGCCCAUGCACUCUCUUGCAUGCCAUUGCCUCUCAGCCUGUUUCCUUAGCUAUGAUGAAUGUUGAGUAUUCCAUUGCCUCACUUCUCUGUUGAGAAUGAGGCUUGUACUUAUGCAGAGGUGUUGUACCUGUGGAUGGUGGGAUGGGAUGGGAUGGGAUGGGAAGGGAUGGGAUGGAGGCCAGGGAAAGAUGAGUCAGGCAAUGGGUUGACAUGUGCUGUAGGACAGCGAAACAGUAGGAAGAGGCGCGAUGGUCAGCGAAUGGGGUUUGCGCAGGAUGGCUUCUCGAUGGCCGGCCGGUAGUCAGUUAUCCGAUGCUGCAUCCCCUCCAUUCCUCUUCUGUCGGCGAGGAAUUCCGUCGGCUUGGCAUGUCUGCUGAGUAUUUUGCCGUAAGGGGGUUCUAUAUUCCUGUAGAAGUGCAUCUCCAGUAGGAUAGAACCGCUGGUGCAUGGUACACGGGUGGGAUGUCCUGGGAACACAGUGAGCGUCCCUCCCUUCCAUAUCAUGACAGCAAUCUUGCACUCCCGGCAGUCAUUGCUGUCACUAUGGCUGGCGGCACAUUUCCAAUUUUCCAUCCUCCAGCAUGUUUUCGUCCUUGUGUAUUUUCACCCUGGCCUUGCAUACCGUAUCUGCUAUGCAUGCUCAUCGCCUACUUCAUGCCAGAGUUUUCG